AUGAAUUUAAACAAGAUAAACGAUCAUAAAAAAAUACCAGAAAUCAUGACAGAAGAAACGAAAGAGGUUCCUGUUAAUAUGUUAACGUUAGUUUUUUUUUAACAAAUGUUUCAGUAUUUUUUAUUUAUUCUUCCCAUAUCAAAUUAAUAUCAUACAUUCAGAAGAUUAAUAUCUUUUAGGGCAGAAGAAUUGUUAGAAAAUAAAGGUUUGAAAUUCAGUGUAUGGAAUGAAUAUGAGAACUCAGUUAAAACUCUUCCAAAAACUGGAAUGAAACAGUUUGAACCAAAUAAUUCGUGGCUUCAGAAUAUGCAAAUCGAUAAAGGUAUUAUGACCAGGAAAAAUUUAAUAGCUAUAGAAAGAGUAGAUCGUAUUUCUCAGUUAGCUAGUGCAGAAUGGUUGCCUGAACAGAAAAGAGCUAAAGUAAAGAAAUACUCUGGUCAAGAUUGGAGUAGUUUUGGUUUGGAGAAAAGUGGUAUUUUGUAUUUAAUACCGGAAGAAGCAUUGUUCCUUCUAGAAGCUAAUUGUUUGGAACUCACAUGGAACGACGUAGCAUUAUCUAUCCAACAAGCUUAUGAACUCCUAAUUGAUAAUGUUGAAUGCUCAUUGGAAGAAUAUAGAGUUUAUAGUCAGUUAAUACGAUAUGGUUAUCGCAUACAACGUUUUGUAAUUGUUGAGCCAGAAAGAGGUCUUUGGAGAACUAGUAUUCGAGAACAAAAUAAAGAUUGUGUAGAUGUAAAAUCUGUUAAUUCUCCAUGUGAUGAAAAGUCUGUUAGUUCUCCAAAAAGAACUGAUAUAAAUAUUAGUGACCUUUCUGCAGAAAAUGCAGUAGAAGAUGAAAAUAUAUCAAAUAAUGUCCUUGAGGUAGUAGAUGAUCUUCUUCACGUAGUAGAAAAUAUCGAAGCUCGUUCUAAAAAUAUUGAAUGUGAAAAGAUUGCUGUGAACGCACAAAAAUCAAAUACCAUUUUGAAAACUGUAAAUACAAGUAAUAUCAAAAUCGUCACAGACCAUCUAAAUGAUUGUACCAAAAGAAAUAAUAUACCUGCAAACUGGCGAGCAUCACGUAUACAACGUAAUGUUAAAUUAGUACCUAAAAGAACAGAUAAGUUACCAGCCACUGAUAAUUUAGAUUCUAAUGCUAAAAAUUCUGAAUGCAAUUCGGGAAAACAUAAAUUACUUUCAUCAUCUAAAGAAAAUUCGCAAUUUAAGAAAUCAAAACAUGAGGUAAUAGAACUUUCUGACGAUGAAAUUCAAGAAAUACCAAAACCAAUAACACGAAUGGAUUUGUUAAAUUUGAUUCCAAACAUUGCAUUUCAAUCGACAAUUACAAUAAAGAUUUCAAGGGCAUACAUACCACACAGUAUAAAACCUCAUAAAACGACUUACCAAUAUGAAAGUGCAAAAUUAAAAAAUUUACAUCAAGCAGAUAAAAAAUUGCAAUCCGGUCAAAAUUCAGAACAUGCAGAAACUAAUAAAAGUCAAAAUGCAUAUCAAUGCAAUAAUAUUUCUAUAAGCAACAAUUUCGUUAGAAAGAAUACAAACAUCGGCCCAUUUAAUCAAAAUUUAGCAACAAAUAUGCAUAAUGUUUUUAUGCAAGAUUAUUUUUGCAUGCAACAUGGGCAACACAUGAACUUUAAUCGUAAUUAUGUAUAUAACAAUAAACUACCCUAUACUUAUAGUCAGAAUACGUAUUGGCAUCAGAGAAAUACUACAUUUCAGAAUGUAUUUGUUGCUCUUAAUAAUCAUAGUGCGGCCAUUCAUCAAAAUAGAUUUACAUCUUUACAAAUGAACAAUUUGUCAAUACCGAAUAUAAGUAAUAAUGUGAUUAGAAAUGUUUUCACUCGAAAUCAGUUUUAUCAUAAUACUCAUCAAAAUGUUUUAUUAUUGAGAAAAUUACAUCAUCAGAGAAUUGUGGAAAACACAUCAAUACAUUGUAACAUAGCUGGAAGUGUACUACUUUCAGAAUCUCGUCAAAGAUAUUGGCCACGAAAUUAUCAUAAAAACACAAAUACAACAUCAAGUUGUAACGACGAAGUCUAUCAAUCGUCAUUUAGAAUAUUGCCAGAAGCAUCAUCAUGGUCGGAAUUAAAGACUAAGUGGCGUGAAGUAAAAACGAUCACUAUUGAUGAUGAAGAUACGGGAAAAGAAGUGAUCGAAGAUUGCAAUGAAGUACAAGUAGUUGGACAAUUACGCAGUCCUCUUAUCGGAUCAAAGAAUGCAAAUAAUCUCGAAGAAGUUUUUAGUAAACUUAAAAUAAUUAAGUCUGCUCCUGAAAAAAUUGCAAGAAGAAAAAGAAAUAAAUACAAAAUUUCAUACAAUGUUUAUUCCAAUACACAAAACUAUAGAAAAGCGAAUCCUGGUCUACCAUUUUAUAGAAUAGUUGUGAUAAGUCAAGAUGAUCCAUUUAUACAACCAAUUGAAUUACACCGUUUAAUGCAAGAUGCAGAAAAUUCACCAAUAUUAUUAGCAUGUGUUUCAAUGUCAAUUUCAUAUAUUCAACCGGGAUUUAUAUCCAUACCUAAUUUAACAUAA